CUUCAGGGCUCACUGAAAAUCAAGCUCUCUUCUUCCAUUUUUCCCUCUCCAUUUUCUCCCCAGCCAAACAGUUUUUUUUUUCUUUCAAUAGAAACCAAAAUGCCAGCACCACCGGACACAAGCAAAACCAUGAAACUGGAGAGAUACAACAGCUAUCUCCGAAAACUCCAUAGCACAAAGCUGUUGAAUGCUUCAUCUAAAUUCCUUUUCCGAGUAACCCUUCUCAUUGCUUUAGUUUUGAUCCUCUUUUUCACAGUUAAUUACCCUCCACUUUCGGAUGGUACCCACCGUGUUCCCCCUCUCCACCGCCACAACCACCAUAGCUUCCUCUCCACUUCGCUUUUCUCCGGUAGUUCUCUCGUCGGGGGCGCUUCGUGGGAGAAACAAGUCCGACACUCUUCUACGCCUCGUAGACUCAAUGGGUUCUCCGUUUUAGUCACCGGUGCCGCCGGAUUCGUUGGCUCCCACUGUUCGCUUGCUUUGAAGAAACGCGGCGAUGGGGUUCUGGGCCUUGAUAACUUCAAUGACUAUUACGAUCCUUCGUUGAAACGAGCGAGGCAGAAUCUUUUGAGCAAGCACCAGAUUUUUAUCGUCGAAGGUGAUUUGAACGACGAGGCGCUGUUAACGAAGUUGUUCGACGUCGUUCCGUUCACUCAUGUUCUUCACUUGGCGGCUCAGGCCGGCGUUCGUUACGCCAUGCAAAACCCACAGUCGUACGUGAGAUCCAACAUUGCCGGGUUCGUUAAUUUACUGGAAGUAGCCAAAGCGGCGAAUCCACAACCCGCCAUUGUUUGGGCUUCGUCGAGCUCGGUUUACGGACUCAACACCGAAAACCCAUUCUCCGAACGUGACCGUACGGAUCAGCCGGCGAGUCUUUACGCCGCCACGAAGAAAGCCGGCGAGGAAAUCGCCCACACUUAUAACCAUAUCUACGGUCUGUCCUUAACCGGGUUAAGAUUCUUCACCGUUUACGGUCCAUGGGGAAGACCCGACAUGGCUUAUUUCUUUUUCACCAAAGAUAUCCUCCAAGGCAAACCCAUCGACAUCUACAAAACCCACGACGAAAAAGAGGUGGCGCGUGACUUCACCUACAUCGACGACGUCGUGAAGGGUUGUUUAGGUGCGUUAGACACUGCGGAGAAAAGCACCGGAAGUGGCGGGAAGAAGAAAGGACCGGCUCAAUUGAGAGUUUACAACCUGGGGAACACAUCGCCGGUCCCCGUCGGGCGAUUAGUAUCGAUCUUAGAAGGAUUGCUCGGCACAAAAGCCAAGAAACACGUGAUCACGAUGCCCAGAAACGGCGACGUACCCUUCACGCACGCCAAUGUAACCUUAGCUUACAAAGAUUUCGGGUACAAACCCACAACCGAUUUAGCUUCCGGGCUGAGAAAAUUCGUGAAAUGGUACGUUAAUUACUUCGGGAUCGAAUCGAAAACGGCGAAAGGAACCCAGCAUGCCGAUGAAUCCAGUUAAGAUCUUCGAAGCUGCCAUUUUCUUUCUAAUUUUCCUCUUCAUUUUUUUGUGUUUAUUGUGGUGAAUUAUAGCUGUAAAAAGAAGGGAUCAAAUCUGGUGCCGCUGUUGUUCAUGUAGAAUAUUUGAUAGAUUAUUAUAGAAUUUUCAUGAAAUAUAGGGGAAAUGGUAAAUGUGAAAAACAAAGAGAGAAAGCUGUAGAUCUCUGGAGAUGAGGUGUAAUAAUUUGGUGGGGUCUGCUAAAAACAAGGGCAGAUCUUCACCGUCUAUUUUAUGAAAA